UUGUUGAAUGUUAGUUGACGUUGAAUCUUCGAAAUGGUCGCCCCGAUUUAUUAAUCCUGUAUUGAUGUUGGCGACGUAUGCUACUCUCUGACGUGUGUGUGCGAUAUUUUCCCCUCCUUUAUAAUCGUGAUGCUGAUUGAUUCGGCCUGAUGCCUGCACCCGAAUAGAAUGUCAAGAGCAACAAAGAAAAAGUAUGUCGCGCAUGAGGUUCUGAACGAAUUUGCUGUUCCCAAACCACCGGAGCAAAUCGCGAAGGUUCUGGGAUCGCGAGGGAACAAUUUGCACGAUGUUACAACUUCUGAUGGAGCUACAUUCCUGGCUUCGAUGCCGACGAAGUUCAGGCGAAAUGUAUGGGUGAAGCGGGGCGACUUCGUCGUUGUAAUUCCAAUAGAAGAGGGAGAUAAAGUGAAAGCGGAGAUCGCUAGAAUUUUAUAUCACGAUCAGAUUCGAUACAUACGAUCUCAGAACGAGUGGCCGGCUGAAUUCGACAUUCCGGAUGAAACUGCCUCUGGCAAGGUUGACAGCGAAGAUUCUGGAUCGGAAUCUGAUAACGAAGCAAGCUCAGAUAAUUUCUUGGAGAACUUCCAGAAAGGAAUACCGGAAGUUCCUCCAGAUAUUCUUCAUAUAUGUCGAAUGCUGUUCGAAGAUAACCACGAUUUCAUGAAACCGAAUGCCCUCGAAGGUAUCUCUCAGUCUACCAAACUGAACAGUCUGGACCUGGGUGGAAAUUUGAAAAACUUUCGUCCUAAGGGAUUUGAAAAUUUGAGCGACUGUGAAGAAAAACUGAACAAGGUCGAGGUACGCAGAAAUUUGGAAUGCAUUUGGCGUGAAGGGAAUGUCACGUCCAUAUCUGAACAAGUGACACAAGCUGUACAUGAAUCAAAAGGAGGGCUGAAUAAUCUGUUUCGAGACGUUUGCAGGCGAAUACCGAAAAUGAUCGACUGUAUUGGAGAACUUAUUCAUAUUAUCGAGAGUAGCCAAACCAUCGACGAAAGGAAGUCGUCAGCAGCACUACGCGAUCAGCUCAAUUCUGCUUUUCAUUACAUUUGUUCGGAUGAUGGAACAAAAAUUGCCUUGUUUUUUGCUAAAGGAGGUUUGGAAUGCUUGGAAGGCGUGUCGGAAAGACUUCAGAUGUGCUCAGGUUUGAAGACUGGGAGUUUGGAAGCCAUUUUUUCGAUGCAUGGACUCCAAGGUUCUGGUGGUUUUUCAGAGAGACUUGCUCGUUACUGUCGGACUAAUGCAUUUGAUGUGCAGGUGAAUCUAAGCAAAAUCAAAAUGCAAGAGUACGAGAAGAAACUACAGCAAUAUCGAGAACGCGAGAAAGAACUCUCAGACCGGGCCCGAGACCUCAAGAAGAGUUUGGAUUCCAAACCAACGCAAGCAGAAUUGAAGUCUGCAAGUUUGCUUGCCGAAAAACACGUUGCUGCCGUUGUUGAAGAACUCGAAGCCCGAGUACAGAAGCAAGAUGAAUUCAUCAACAGGUUAUCAAUCGAGAAAAAAGCGUUAGAAGAUUCCGUUGUCUCGUUUCGAAGUCUUGUGCACCAGUUGGAAGCAGACGUUCAAACGUCUGAUGAAAGUUUGCUUCGAGCAGAGGCUGAAGUAAAAAACUACAAAUAUUUUGGAUCCGAAAUUCUUGGAAGGACAGCAAAACUCAAGAGGCGUUUGAAUGCUUACACGAAGGACUUCCGAACGCUUCUCACCGCAUUAUCGGAAUCAUUAGAAUCCCAGGAUUUGAUGCCGAUUUUUCUCGUCGGUGCUCUGUCGUGUGAAAAUUUUGGGUCGCUGAUGGAAUCGGAGGCGUGUCGAAAUUUGGAAGAUUAUCUCGCUUCUAUGGAGCAUUUCUGCGAUGAAUUGGUAGAUGGUAGAAGCGAGGUUCUUGCGAUUUUUAACGGAAUCGUGGAUGCAUGUGUUACACUCACGGCUCAAAACACUAUGCCAUCAAGCUGUGCUGUUCAGUGAGGUUGCUUUAUUGAUCUGUAUUACAGUAUUUUCACAUUUUUCGGUAAGUCCGUAUGAUACUGUACGAUUAGCGUACUGUAUUUCGAUUCUUGCAAGUUUGAAUUGUGUCGCAUGGUCUUCAACAACGUUCCGAUUGAUCGUACAGUUCUUUUUGUAUGAAAUGCGCAUUUUAAGCGUAGUUUAACUGGUACAGUACUGUAUGUACAAGUUCUGCAUUGACCAAAUCUGCCCUCAUGAAAAAGAACGGGUAAAGUUUUUUUUUUUUUUAGUUUUUUUUGAACGGGUGCUCUACAUGCAAAUUACCUAAGCACUCACAGCUGUAUACCCGAGGCGUCGUUCGGAACGAAAUUAAAUUAUAGCUUCCAUUAAGUAUGCUAUAAUGUCAAUUAUGUCAUCUUUCAAACCAGGUUAUGCAAAUGUUUAAAAGUCAGUGGGCCGUUUCUGGUUCGUUUUGUGCAGCGAAUUUUUUCCUUUUCUCAAAUAAUCUCGGUACUAAGAAAUCCCUGAAGCUAUAGAUUUUUUGAUAACUGUGGAUGGUUUUACUUCAAAUCCUGUAAUGUUCCGAUGAAAGUUGUUCAGUGAAAAAAGAAAUUUCUCUAAAUAUAGAGAAAUGAAAAAAAUUUGCUUUUCUCAGAUACCGUGAGAAUCUAAAAUUCUAAGGGACGUUCAAAAUGUUAUGUUUUGCUUCAUAUUCAUUUUUCAUUGC